GCUCGCCCUGUAUGUGUAUGAGUACCUGCUGCACGUGGGGGCACAGAAGUCGGCACAGACCUUCCUGUCUGAGAUCCGCUGGGAGAAGAACAUCACGCUGGGCGAACCCCCUGGCUUCCUGCACUCCUGGUGGUGUGUCUUCUGGGACCUUUACUGCGCAGCACCGGACCGCAGAGAGGCUUGUGAACACACCAGUGAGGCCAAAGUCUUCCAGGACUAUAGUACGGCAGCCCCCAACCCUGUGAUGGGCGCCAUGGCCCCUAAUGAUGCAAUGGGGGCAGGUCCUGUGGCCCCAGGCUUCUUUCAGCCCUUCAUGUCACCACGGUUCCCAGGGGGUGCCCGGCCCACCCUAAGGAUGCCAGGCCAGCCUCCUGUGGGCCUCCCUGGCUCACAGCCCCUCAUCCCUAGUGCCAUGGACCCCUCCCCACGCGCACAGGGGCACCCCAGCCUGGGAGGCCCGAUGCAGAGGGUGACACCUCCGAGGGGCAUGGCCAGUGUUGGGCCCCAGGGCUAUGGAGCUGGCAUGCGGCCCCCACCCAAUUCUCUUGCUACCACCCAGGUCCUGCCAUCCAUGAACAUGGGUCCGGGGGUGCGUGGCCCGUGGGCCAGUCCCAGCGGUAACUCGAUCCCCUAUGCUUCCUCGUCUCCUGGCAGCUACACGGGACCCGCAGGAGGAGGCGGCGCCCCCGGAACACCCAUCAUGCCCAGUCCUGGAGGGAGCUGAGCCGCGCCCCGCGCGCUGCCCUGUCUCCGCAGUACUCCCCUGGCAUGACCAUGAGCGUGUGAUAGCCCUGGCCUGCACCCAGUGUCCUGCUGGCAAGGUCUCGGGUCGCGCCCCUGCCACCCGGACUCCUGGCCAGCCCGGCCUAGAUGGCUGGCAGGGACCCCACGAAGGACUUCUUUUUUCUACACACACCACACAACACAACACACAACACACACACACCUCAGAGAAGUGUGGGCUUGGGGGAGGGUACUGCCAAUAAACACCAUUCGGUUUUGUCUUUUUGGUA